GUUACUUCACUUGACCUCCAUCGUCAUUUUCAUGCUCUUGGAGCUGGUAUUAUUGAAGAUGUCCGUAUUCAAGCAGGCAAAGGUUUUGGUUUCGUUAGGUACAGCAGUCACGCUGAAGCAGCUCGAGCUAUUCAGUUGGGAAAUGCUCGAAUCCUCUUUGGUAAACCUGUUAAGUGCUCGUGGGGAAGCAAGCCGACACCACCAGGAAGCAGUUCCAACCCCCUACCACCACCUGCUAUCGGACAACUCCCCGGUAUUUCAGCCAUGGAUCUUGCAGCGUACGAGAGGCAACUUGCUUUGGCUAAGAUGGCUGGUAUGCAGACACUCAUGCAUCCACAGGGCCAGCGAAUUGGUGGCGCUCCUAGUCAGGCUAUGUAUGAUGGUGGCUACGGAAGCAUUGCUUCCACGCAGCCACCGAUGUACUACUAGUCGAUUGAUUAAUCAAUAAAAGCAACUUGUAAACACACCUGUUGUUGCUACUUCACUUAUAGGAUCCUUUUUAUUUCCUAUUUAUUGUUAGUUUUUUCACAGCAUGCAUGGAAUAUAUAUAUGUUGUAUUCUGUUUGAGAAUGAAGGUUUUAAUUUCUUUUUUGCUAA